CGCCAUGGGGGUGGAAGGCUGCACCAAGUGCAUCAAAUACCUCCUCUUCGUCUUCAACUUCAUCUUCUGGUUGGCCGGAGGAGUCAUCCUCGGAGUGGCCCUGUGGCUUCGUCAUGAUUCGCAGACCACGAACAUCCUCUACCUGCAGCUGGGGGACAAGCAGGCCCCCAACACCUUCUACGUAGGGAUCUACAUCCUGAUCGCCGUUGGUGCCGUCAUGAUGUUCGUGGGGUUCCUGGGAUGCUACGGCGCGAUUCAGGAGUCUCAGUGCCUUCUGGGAACGUUCUUUACUUGCCUAGUGAUCCUGUUCGCCUGUGAAGUUGCAGCUGGAAUUUGGGGUUUUGUCAACAAAGACCAGAUAGCCAAAGACGUGAAGCAGUUCUACGACCAAGCGUUUCAACAAGCGCUCACGGCAGAGCCGGACGGCAACAACGGGAAGGCCGUGGUGAAGACGUUCCAUGAAACGCUGGACUGCUGCGGUCCUGAUUCUGCAAUGGGAGUUAUCACUCCCUUAUGGAAGGAAGAACUCUGCCCGAAGGACUUCUUGCUGAAAGCCUUUCAGUUGCACGCAAACUGUCACCAAAAAAUUGACGAGCUGUUCUCCGGGAAGCUGUACCUGAUUGGUAUUGCUGCCAUCGUGGUCGCCGUGAUCAUGAUCUUCGAAAUGAUCCUGAGCAUGGUGUUGUGCUGCGGCAUCAGGAACAGCUCCGUGUACUGAGGUGUGAGAGCCGAGGAGGGGAGGGGACGGGACGGGGGAGCAGGGCGGACGGCGCUAGAGGGGACCCCAAGUGCCACCAAGUGACCAGGAGACAUUUCAACAAAAGACAAAGAAAACUGUACAUAAAUACUUCCAAUAUUGCCAUGCAGUACUUACCAUUUUUAUUUUGAAGUACUUUUUUUUUUAAUAAAUAAAACUUUCCCGUAUCCUUGUGGCUGAGUUAGUUACACAUCAGUUUUGUGUGAUAGGGAAAGCUGCUUUAGCAGGAGUUUUAGUCCUCCCUACCCUUUCUCCAUCAGCAAAAAUCAGAGAUGAUAUUUGUGGAGGAUGUAC